CAGGUGGCGGUGUGUGUCCCAAGAACAGCGACCAUCUCUGUAAUCCCGAGAAGAAGAGAGUCCAUGGUGUUUUCCUGGGUGGAUGGCCUGCUCUGGAUCUAGCCUGUCAAAACUGCAUUGAAACAAGAGCAACGUGGGAUAAAGUCUGUGAAAUCAGGUGCUGUUCAGAUUCAACAGCUGUAACUGAGACUUGAACGGGCCGAGAGAGAAAUUCACUGUUCCCCUCCCCAACCUCCUGUUCCCGACCCUCUCUGAAACACAUCUCUCACCAUGAAUGAAGUUAAUAUAGUCAGAGAGGGCUGGCUUCAUAAAAGAGGUGAAUAUAUCAAAACAUGGAGGCCCAGGUAUUUCAUCCUGAAGAGUGAUGGUUCCUUCAUCGGCUACAAGGAGAAGCCUGAGCUAACCGACCAGACUUCACCACCACUCAACAACUUCUCAGUGGCAGAAUGCCAGUUAAUGAAGACUGAAAGACCCCGGCCCAACACAUUUGUCAUUCGUUGCCUACAGUGGACCACUGUCAUUGAACGCACCUUUCAUGUGGACAGCAAUGAGGAGAGAGAGGAGUGGAUGCGGGCAAUCCAGUCAGUGGCAAAUAGUCUGAAGAUGCGGGAACAGGAGGAGGAGGAACCAAUGGAUUUGUUCGGCUCACCCAGCGAAAGCAGCCUGGAGGAGAUGGAGGUUUUGUUGUCCAAGAACCGCUCCAAAGUGACAAUGAGUGACUUUGAGUACCUGAAACUGCUCGGGAAGGGGACGUUUGGAAAGGUGAUUCUGGUUAAAGAGAAGUCCACUGGAGUACAUUACGCCAUGAAAAUACUGCGCAAAGAGGUCAUCAUAGCCAAGGAUGAGGUGGCCCAUACAGUUACAGAAAGCAGAGUGUUACAAAAUACACGACAUCCCUUCCUCACGACACUGAAAUAUGCCUUCCAAACCCACGAUCGACUCUGUUUUGUAAUGGAAUACGCCAAUGGAGGCGAGCUCUUCUUCCACCUGUCACGGGAGCGAGUGUUCACAGAAGACCGGGCUCGCUUCUACGGUGCCGAGAUUGUGUCAGCACUCGAGUACCUCCAUUCACGUGACGUUGUUUACCGUGAUCUGAAGCUGGAGAAUCUGAUGCUGGAUAAAGAUGGUCACAUCAAAAUCACUGAUUUCGGUCUUUGUAAGGAGGGAAUUACCCCGGACGCUACCAUGAAAACCUUCUGUGGUACUCCGGAAUAUCUCGCACCUGAGGUCCUAGAAGAUAAUGACUAUGGCCGGGCGGUAGACUGGUGGGGUCUGGGUGUAGUCAUGUAUGAGAUGAUGUGCGGCCGUCUGCCUUUCUACAACCAGGACCAUGAGCGUCUGUUUGAACUCAUCCUCAUGGAGGAGAUCCGCUUCCCCAGGAACCUGUCACCUGAGGCCAAGUCCCUGCUGGCUGGCCUGCUCAAGAAGGACCCCAAACAGAGGCUGGGUGGAGGUCCCAAUGAUGCCAAAGAAGUAAUGAGUCACAAAUUUUUCAUCACCAUCAACUGGCAGGAUGUGGUACAGAAGAAGCUCAACCCACUCUUCAGACCACAAGUAACAUCAGAGACAGACACCCGGUACUUUGAUGACGAGUUCACAGCACAGACCAUCACACUCACUCCUCCAGACAAGUAUAACAGUCUGGACUGUGACGACUCAGGCCAGCAAGCACAUUUCCCCCAGUUCUCCUAUUCUGCCAGCAUAAGAGAGUGAUAGCAUCUCUGCCACACACACACACACACACACACACACACACACACACUCAAACAACAUGAGGCAUGAACACCUUGGCCACAUCCUUACAGCUAUAAAAUGACCAGAACUUCCAUAUUCAAUGAGGUUUUAAUCCCAUCAGGAUCUAAGUGCCUCGGCUGGCGGCCAUUUUGUUCUAUAGAAAACCCCUUCGUCCACACUAUGGACAAAGCCUGGCCACACUGGCUGUACUGUAUCAAACUGGACUUCAGUACCUCGCACGGUCAGCAGCACAACUCAACAACACAAUGUCUGUAGCACCAAUGGAUGGCCUCUAAACAACUACUGCUGCUUUUUCAGACUGUAAACCACCAAUCAUUUUUAACGCUCUCCCUUUUAUGGUCUUAUGAGAAGCCAUACAGUUCCUUCAUGAUGUUUCCAAGUGCUCUUCUUCAGAACUAGCUGUUACCACUGGUGAUAGACAAGUUUAUAUGAGGGAGGAAGAAGCGUGGUAGUUUGUUGGGUGUUUUUCUUGUAGGUGUGUGUGUGUGGAUCUUUUAUCUUUUUUUUUUUUUUUUUUGUUCUUUUUUCGAGAAAAAAAAGGGGGGCAUCGAAUUCAAACUGAAUGUCAUCAAUUUAGUUGGAGUGAGUCUGUGCGAGCAUGAGAUUUUGUGUGUGUCUUAAUACAACGCUUGCCCGAUGUGCAUCAGGAACAACAGAUUAAUUGAUAACAGAUGAUGAUCAAAGUGUCUCCGCGGAGACAAGCUUUGAGUAGAGCAAGACAUGUUAGAGAGAGAGGCUGUCCUUUGUAAACUGUAUGCAAUGAAAACAAAUCACUUGUUUAUCAGUUUCCUCUCAUCUCAGAAUUUGAACUUUUGUGAACAGAUCUGUCAAGUGCGACAUGUCAAUUAUUGGGAAUUGGGAAUACCUUAAUGCACAAGGUGUACAUGUUAUUUUUUAAAACAAGAUUUUUUUAAUUCUAACACAUAUUUGAUCCUACUUGAUCAGCAAAAUACACACCAUCCACAUGAUUAAGAGGCUUAAUAAGCACUUAGUGAUCAGAGUAGACCUCAUUUUUCUCAGAUGGACCAUGUUCAUUAAUGUAGCUGAAAGCUUCCUGGAAUUUUUUUUUUAACAUCUCAUGAAUAUGUGUCUGUUGCACCGAGUGUCAAAAACUGUGAGAUACCCAAAAGCUGGCAUCAAAAGUCUGGUCAGAUUCAUUAUCCUGUUGACUGAUUUACAUAAACCAUUGGCCAGAUUAGACUAUUUGAUUUUGACAAAGUUCUUACACAGCUGCAUGAGUGUAGACAACAUUUAACAUUUCAGAACUUUGUCUUUUAUUUUGGUUAACUGAGGGGAAAAAUGUUAGAACCAUCAAAGUAACGUAUCAGUAGCGCCCCCCAGAAUUUUUUAUGGGGGGGCCAGAUGGGGCCACUGAAAAUCUUGGGGUGAUACACCAAAACCAAAAGCCAUAACUGAAUUCAGGAAUUCGACUAUGCUGUUGAAGUAGAGAGUUAAGAAACUGCAUACUGAUGUACUUUGGUCUCUUAUUAGACAGUUAAUAUUGCUGUUUUUGAGAUUAAUACCAGAACAGCUAACAAUUUGAGUUCCAUAACAGUCCUGUUUUGAUGUUAGGUAUCUAUAUUUGUUAGGUGAUUCAUUGUUCUUCAAAUAGGCUGAUUGUCUUGUUCCUUAAAAAAAUAAAUUUACAGUUUUAAUUUGAAGGAUUACAGGAACAAAACAUUUACUGUGAACAAGUCUUCUCAAGCUUAGGACAGACAUGUGGGUACCCAUAGAACCCAUUUUAAUUCCAAAGGUACCAAAGGAUGACUUACUUUGUGUGGUUUCCCAAGAUACCACUACCUUUGUGCUAGCUUAAAAAUGUGCGCGCAGCCUCAUAAAGAGAUAGUAAAAAAAGAUAAAGUAAUAUUGGCCUCCAAUAAUUUUCACCAGGGGGGGCAACAAUUGUGUCAGGGUCGCUAUGGUAUUGUAUUUGUACUGAAACAAAGGUGCUGAAUCAGCACUACUAUUGGGGAAAAACAGCACCAAACUGAAUUAAUAGCACUUUCAGAGUACAUGUUCAUAUUUGGAGUGUCAUCCUUUGUUAGCAUUCAAAGCUAUUUCUGUAAUAUUUCUAAUAUUUGUUAUGAUGUAUCUUGGUAGCCUUUCUAUGAAAGUAGUCCGUCUUCAGAUCAUCAUUCACCAUUUUAUGCUUUACCUGUUAGAGACUUUUCAAGUUUGAAGUUGUGGCUGAGUAUUUUUCAUGUCCUGCUGGCUAUCGUGUGUCUGUCAUCUUGUAAAUCUUAGUGUGCUUACAAUGUUUCAGUGCAUCCACCACUGCUGCUUUUCAGACCCUCUGUGCUACCAGAUUUAAUCUGACAUAUUUUAGCUGGAGCACUAAGAAAUCAUCCAGGGAGCUCUGGAAAUCAUGAACAUGGUCCAUUGUGAGAUUUUAUGUUUGAGUGCAAUGGUGACUUGCAAGGAUGUCUUCUUAUUAUUUUCAAUUCUUCCCAUUUAUUAUUAAUCGCUGCACAACAUUAAAUGGUAAAAAGGGGAGGUAAACCGUUAAGAUUUGCAAUACUGGGUGUUAUACUGUACAUGAAAAUGCACCCAACAUUGUAUUGGUGCUACACUGUUGAGUCACUGGUAAUAAAAAAAGAGCAGGUGCAGAUCACCCGCUCAGCUUCCUGUUGCUCACAGAGCCUUCUAUCAUGUUUUUCUGCUGGUUUUACUCCUCAACUUGCUGUUUUCCUUCAUCCUUCCUGUACCCUGAACCUCCUUUACCAAUAGUCUCAAAUUAAGGAAAUUCAUAAUGGUUGAAAGAAAUGUAUGUUUUCAGUUGCAUUAUACUAUUCAAACAGUUCAUUUCUAUUUGUCUAUGAAUGUAAUUCUGAAAGACAGUGAUCCAAUACACAUUUUUAACUGUCAUAAUACA